GGAGGAGCCGGAGGAGGAGGAGAAGCCGAGGCGAGUCUGUAAAUCCACGAUGAGCCGGCUCUGCUUUAGACAACAAGUGUUCGGAGGGAGAGAGGAGGGCGAGGGAGGAUAGAACAGGUUACUCUGUAACCGAGAGAGGCAGCGAGCGAAGAAGGAGGUUACCACGGCAACUCAGGGGACGUCUCUGCGGCGUCGAGGAGGAGGCUGGGACACACAGGUAAGGUUAAAGAGAUGAUGUACAGAUGGAAGAUGGACAUGGUUUUCCAGUUCUGCCUCUGACAGUCACCCAAGACUUUUGAUGAGCCCUCUACUGGAUACUUGGAGGUCGACUGACCUUUGGCACAAAUAGUCCACAGAAACAGGAAUAUCAGAAGCUUUAAGUGAAGGGGCAGUCAUGUCUCAGGCAGGUAAAGUCCUCCACCUGUACGUUGAAGUGAGAUCUGUUGCUGAGGAGGAUGGAAAGUUGCCUGGACGAGGGGAUGAUGGGACCAGACACCUAAUGCUUCAGUGCCCAGACAUCCUGCCCCACUCUCAGAGGAGCUCCACCCUCACCAGCCCUAGCCGUAGUCCAGAUCUGUCCCCAUUCAUCCAGCAUCACGCAGGGGGAGGGAACCACAGCUUACCCUCUUCAAAGUCCUCCACCAGGCACUCAGUCAGCUUCCAACUUCAAAACCCUGAUGCUACAGGGUCUCCGACCCAGUUCCAAAGGCAGGAUCUGUUACAUGACAGGUUUGGGCAGUUACUUGAGGUCCUUGCCCCUGGAGCAACCAAUCCAGGCCAUCAUAGCUCACUUAGACGCACCAGUUCCUCUGACAGGGAUCCAUACCAGGGGAGGGUGCCCAUCUUCCCAUCAUCCACAUCCUCUGGGAGGCUUACUGUACCCUCCACACCCACAAGCAAUCGCAGGUCAUUUGAUACCCCAGGGGUGGCGGGUGAUGAGGGGAAGACCUCUUUAGUGUCCUUUGGCUACAUAGAAAAGGCUAAUGUUAACAGCAUGGCUGGCCACCGUCCCCCUGUGUGUCAAAAUGAGCCUCAGCAGCAGCAGCAGCUGCCUGCUCACCUCCACAAGAGGCUGAGUGAUCCAAUGUGUUGCAAUGGUCAGCAAUUACAGGGUGACCAUUUCUCCAGUCACCACCAUCUGUCUCGGAAUCAGUCCCCACGGGGCUCACCUUACCUGCAGAGGGCCACCUUGGAUGCAGUAGCCAGAGAUGCCACCCAUAGGACCUUAGAGGAGUUUGGAUCCCCAGAUCUCCGGCGCAGGCUUGCAGGCCACGGUCCAGAGAAUUGCAGUCCAACCCUGCCACGGAACUAUCAGUCUCCUCGCUGCAGGUCUUGGAGUGGGUCACCUGUCUUGCCCCGCAGUACCCUCACCCUGCCAUUCAAGACCCAGUUUCUGGAGUUAGACCGGGGAGUUUGCCGUGGUUCAGUGAAUGGAUUACCCCGAAGUCCUGCCUAUGACCACCUGUGUGCCCAUAGUGGCUACUCAUCCUCCUCAGUGGCUCCACCAUCAGCACUUUGUUCCCAUUGUCCGGCCCAGAGCCAACAGAGGCCCUGGGUCGGGGAUGAGAGCCCCAGGUUGUCAAGCAAAUUUCGCCCACCUUUACCUGCGGGGAAACCCACAGACAUCCAGCAUGAAGUUCCAACUAACCUGUUCCACACCAGCAACCCUUUUAGGACUGGCUACCAAGAUGGGAACUCCAAUGUUAAUAAUAGCUAUAAUGCUAACAUCACAAACACCAGUAAUAAUACCACAGACAGUAAACACUACAGUUCUAAUGAUAACUUGAACGCUCAUUACAAGCCAUUACAAUCUUGCUGCAGUAGCAGAGCCAGUGAUGCAAUCAGCCCUACCAUUGGCAGGAGAAGUAUUUCCCCAUCCUCAAAUAUUGAUUUGUCUUGUAAGCUAGCUAUGGAAGCCUCCAAAUUGUCCAGCAUUUUUGCAGAGAGGCGGACUCCCUCUCCAACUCCUUCUCACGCUGAAUCACUGAGGUCCAAUAGUCCAAAGAGUGGAGCACCAUUCCUGAGAGAAUCACAGCCGUAUGCUACUCUUCAUGGGCGAAGCUCCCCUGAGGCUUCGAAGGUGGACAACCAGAACCACGGCUGGAAAACAGACAAACCGCCACCUCAAACUAAACCAGGACGGAUCUCUCCUCUCUUGUCCCACAAAGGCCUUUCUUCACCAGCAUCCCCAGCGUUGCCGGCAAGAUUGCACCGUGCAGCUGCGUCUCAGUCACCAGUACUGGACCCACGACAUCAACGGAGCCCAUCACCCAGUAAGGAUGUUUCGACUUUGCACCGCUACCAGCCGCCACAGUACACUGGAGACCACAAAUCCCCUGCUGUGGAGCGGAGGCAGUAUGAUCACCUCUUUGAUAGAUCACUGAAGGAUAGCCCUGAAUCCCAGAGAACACUUCUCUCUAACCAGAACAAUGAAGCUUUGCCUGUGAGCUGGACGUCCACGCAGCAAGAAUGGAGGGAGGCUGGACCAGGGCAGAAUGGUGUUGAACUCAGUGAGGAAAACUUCAGACAGUCACUUUCCAGAGUUUAUGCUCCAAGCAAAGAUGAUUAUCACAAGCAGGAUGGAGGAGACAAAGGAGUUAAAUUUUUGGGCAUGUCUAAGGAGCCGAGAGAGGAGGUUCAGGACCACAGCGGGGCUGUUGGGACGUCGUCUCAGAGCUCCAGUGGAGUGACGGGCAGCCUGGUAGACAGUUCCCAGCUGGACAGGAAUGACAGUCUGUCCCCUGAAACCUCAAGCCAGUCCAGCCACGAUACGGCAGACAGAGGCUCUGGGAUGCAGUCGGACAGCGGCUCAGCAACGACGCCGUCCUUGAGAUCGCAGAAGAUCGCUCAAGCCAAGUGGGAGUUUCUGUUUGGAGGCCAGACGGAGAACAGGCGCCACAUUAAAGACGUUUCCCCGGCGACGCCUCCGACCAGCAGCUCUCCCAGCCCCACCCCUCCCUCCUCCCUCCACCUGAAGCCAGCCAAUCAGAGGAGGGGGUGGGACAAUCAGAAGCUGUCAUAUCAUGAGGUCCGCCAGAUCGAGGUGGAGCUGGUGACCCCCAACAACCGAGGCUCCAUCCCCAAGACGGGCAUCAUCCGGCGGACCAUCCAGUACUCUGAGACGGAUCUGGACGCCGUGCCGCUGCGCUGCUACAGGGAGACCGACCUGGACGAGGUAAUGCGGGCUGAGGCAGAGGCAGCCGAAGAGGCGGACUCGGCCUUCGGGAGCAACCGCAGCGUCCUGGAAAGCUCUAGCUUUGCUGACAUCUCCCCGAAACCCCGGACAGGUGGAGGGAAGGAGGAGAACGGGGAGGAAGAGGAGGAAGACGAGGAGGAGGAGGAAGGAGUGGUGAGCUGGGCGAGCGUCAGGAUGCAGGGAGACCGACAGAGGCAGCGAGCUGCCAAGGAGGAGGAUGAGGUGUUUAGUCUGCUGCUGAAGGGGUCGUUGGAGGCGUCGUCUGACAGUCACGGCGGCCUUAAGUCUCCGAUCUCCGUCGGCAGCCCUCGCCGACCCUCCAACAGCAACCUGGACUCCUUCAGCCGCCACUUUGAAAGCAUCAUGGAGUCUCACCGGGCCAAAGGAACCUCGUACAGCAGCCUGGACAGCGUUGACCUGCUGACCUCCGGAUCCACGUCGGUGUUCACCUUCGACCUGCCGACGCUCACUCCGGAAAUCCAGAGUCAGAUCUGCGAGAGCGCCAAGCAGAUCAUUGAGCUCAGCUUCGCCCCACUGGCCCGUCCCGACCCGUCCGCCCCCUCGGAGGCGUCGCGCUCUGAAAUCACCCUCAGUGCCUCGGCGGCGGGGCUCCGAGGAGGCUCCAAGGACGACUGUGGCCUGCCGGUCCGGUCCAAGUCGGAGAAAGAGUCGUGGCGUCGCUCCGUUCUCAAAGACGGCUUCAGGAAGGCGAGCUCGGUGCCAUCGCUCCACAGCAGCCUGAGGGAGCGUCCGGUGAACCGGCCGCCCGAGCUGCUCUACCCGCAGGCAGACGUGGCGGAGCGACUGGCGCUCGGCGGCAGCGAUGACGCGCUCGCCAACGGCAUGAAGCCCGACCUGCAGGCCGCCAAGCGCCUCGCCAAACGCCUCUACAGCCUGGACGGCUUCAGGAAGUCUGACGUCGCUCGACACCUCAGCAAGAAUAACGAGUUCAGUCAGAUGGUGGCCGAGGAAUAUCUCAGUAACUUUAACUUCAACGGUAUGACUAUCGACCAGGCGCUCAGGACGUUCCUGAGACAGUUUGCUCUGAUGGGAGAAACUCAGGAGAGAGAGAGAGUCCUCGCUCACUUCUCCAGGAAAUACAGACAAUGUAACCCAGAGAGUCUCAACACAGAAGACAGCGUCCACACUCUGACUUGUGCCGUGAUGCUGCUCAACACAGACCUGCAUGGAAACAAUGUGGGGAAGAGGAUGUCCUGCAGUCAGUUCAUCUCCAAUCUGGAAGGACUCAAUGACGGAAAAGACUUCCCCAAAGAUCUGCUGAAGACGCUGUACAGCUCCAUCAAGAACGAGAAGCUGCAGUGGACCAUUGACGAGGAGGAGUUGAGGAAGUCCAUGUCGGAGCUGGCAGAUGUCCGAAAAGACUCCGCAUCCCACACCAUGAAAAGACUCGGGAGUGGAGGAAACCCGCUGGUGGGCGUCGCCCAGCAGGCCGAUGGCGAACUUUACAAGAGCGGCUUCCUGGUCCGCAAAGUCCAUGCCGACCCUGACGGGAAGAGGACGCCGCGGGGUAAGAGGGGGUGGAAGUCUUUCUACGCCAUGCUGAAGGGAAUGGUUCUCUAUCUGCAGAAGGAUGAAUACCGGGCGGAACGAGAGCUGACGGAGGAGGACGUGAAGAACGCUAUUUCUAUCCAUCACUCUUUGGCCAUGAGAGCUGCAGAUUACAGCAAGAGGCCCAACGUGUUUUAUCUGAGAACCGCCGACUGGAGAGUGUUCCUGUUCCAGGCUCCAAAUGCAGAACAGAUGCAGUCGUGGAUCACGCGCAUCAACGUGGUGGCGGCCAUGUUUUCGGCUCCUCCGUUCCCGGCAGCGAUUGGCUCCCAGAAGAGGUUCAGUCGUCCUCUACUGCCGGGAUCCAACACCAAGCUGUCGCAGGAGGAGCAGGUCAAGUCUCAUGAGAACCGGUUCAGGGCAGUUUCCUCCGAGCUGGCCGACCUCAUGGCCUCCACGCCGGACCGAAAGGUGAAAGGUCGCGAGCUGGAGGAGCAGAAGCUUCGACAGGAGUACCUGGAGUUCGAGAAAACCCGUUACGGUACGUACGCGAUGCUGCUUCGAGCCAAGAUGUCGAGCGGAGACGAGGACUUGUCGGCCUUCGAGUCUCGACUGUUCGACGACGGCGGUCUGCAGAGGGCGCACUCCAGCCCCACGCUGCCUCAGGACACCACCAACAAGGAGAAAACUCGCGGGAGCAAGACGUCCAAGAGCCUAAAGGUCACGUCCUAUUCGACCUCCACCUCUAAAUCCGGCGGCAGCGUCAAAGAUUUGAGCAAGAAGAAAAACGGUGGCAGGAACAGCCAGCGGCCAGAGCUGCAGAAGCAGAGCAGCAAGCAGGACGAGGCGCCAUAAAGAGUCAGGGUUCAUACGGAGCAUGUAGCUGGAUGUGGAGCAUCAUGGACAGCAGGCUGACAUCCUCCUUUAACCUUUUCUGUUCAACCUCCUGAUUGGCCGAGCUGAGAGGUCGGCGAGGAGGAGACGCUCAUCAGGAAGGAGGACAGCGAGUCGUCGACGAAUAAAGUUGGUCAUCAGUUUAUUUCUCCUCCAAUCAUCAACCUCAGCCGGACGCACCGAACACACAGCUGUGAGUCUCACAAUCAAAGCUUUUUUUCCGGUUAGAAUCCUUCAUUUCAGGGACUUCUUCUGGGAGCGUUUUGUCACUGAGAGACGAAGACGAAGCGCUCAAUCACAGGAACCUUCAGGACCGAAAACACUCGGUGGGAACUUUUUAUUUUCUGUCCCCUCGGCGCAACAAACGCUGACCUUUUGCGUUGCUCUGCUUCUCCUAGCAACCGGCCGAGAGAGCAGGAUGCAGGUUGCCAUGCCGACCGCAUGUGACGGACAGACUGCGUGGGAUUGGUGCCGUAUUGACCAAGCAAAGGGACGAUGUGGGAGGGAGGGACACCCCGGGGUAAACAAACAAACAAAGAGAAAGAGGCAACACAGGAACACAAUACCUCCUCUCUGCACUUCAGUGUGUGUGUGUGCGUAUGUGUGUGUGCGUGUGUAUGUGAGUACACAGUAAUCACAGUAAUACUACAUCAGUGUGUACUUGCAGGAGUGUAAAUACAACCUGAACAUGCUGGAUGGAGGCUGACCGCUGCAGUUUGUUUUAUUUAUGUUCAGGAGUGACCAAAAACUACUGAGUGAACAAAGAAAAAACGAAUUAGCCUGCAGGUUGAGUGUAGAGUUGGGUGACAGAAGUAUUUAUAAUUAUUGUCUUUUUUUUCUCUACAGCAUAAUAUAUUUCACUUUAAAAACUGCGUGAAACAUUUUCUUUUCAUAGGGACACAUGACGAUUUAAUUGAUUUACCCGUCCAGUUUUUGUCAAGUGCAUAAAAAGUAAAAUAAUUAAGUUUUGAGGAAUAUUUUAUUUAUGAAAAGAAGACAAUUUAAAUUGUUGCACAAGUGUCACAAUAAAAAAACUAAAAUACUCAGCGGAAAUAAAACAAAAAAUGAAGCAGCAGCAAAAAAAAUGUAAAUAAAUAAUGACUUUAUUAUGACAAAUUUACAAGUGAAAGAAUCUCUUUUAUAUGGAUUUUUCUCCAAGUCGUACAUGCAGUGGGUUCAUGUACAAAAUAAAAAUUAAAAACGGAAUAAAUUAAUAAACGUGAAGGGAUUGGCUGCUGGGGAGUUAAAAAAUACAUUUUAUUUUGUUCAAUAUUAACCUUAAAAGCUCUUGUUUAUGGGUUUUGUUGCCAUUAAUUCAGAUAUUAAUUAGUUUAAUUAAUUCAAAAGUGGUCCUCAUUUCAGGAUUGGUUUUAAACAGUCACUGCUUUUACUUUACCAACAAAUUAUCCGUCAGAGUUUCUGUAAAUAAAAGUCCAAAGGCACAAUUAGAUAAUUGAAGUAUUGUGCAGCAGUAUAAAUAGAUCAACAAGAAAAUAUACAAACUAUUAGAAAAAUCCAAACACUAAAAAUAAAAUUAAACAUCCGAUUACUGUUCAAGCUGGUUUCACUCAGUAGUUUUGUCAUUAAUGAGCCUCCAUACUUUUCUCUCUCUGCUGGAAUAUGCUUGAAUCCGUCCAUUUUUAUCUCCACCGUCCUCUUUUAUGGACGUUUUUCUUCUUCGUGCAAAGUUUAUGUAACGAUCUCUGAUUGGUCGAAGGUGAACGGUGACAUCGGGUCAGAAGUUCGUACUUGAAGAGAGAACUGUGAGUUUUAAUCACAUUUUCUUGUUCUUGGUCUCCAGUGAAAACAGACUUGACGGUUUUUACUUCAAACCAAACGUUUGCUUUUUGUAGUUUCCUCCUUUGGCCACCAGGGGUCGGCAGAGUGUUGGACACAAACACUCUGUGAGUUUAUCCCAGAAAACUUUUUUCAUUCAUCAAUUUACAGUUUUCUUUACGAAAUGUCAAAAAGUCAAAGUAUGAUAUGUAACACAGACAAGCAGCAAAUUCUCACUUUUAAGAAGCAGGAAGCAGCAAACGUUGGUGGAAUUUUGAGUCUGAAGUGAUGAAUUGAUGAAUUAUAAGCAGCUCUGUUGUUAAUUCAGAGGGGAGGUCGGGGUGGAUGGACGGCGACGAAACACUUGAUUCAUCCCAUGAUCGGAUGUUUGGCUCCGGUUCGGGAAAGAUGCUGAUUAAAUGUAAAUAAACGCGUCGUAUCUCGAGUCACUGUGGACUUUUAAAGCGUCUUUUCUGAAUCUGAACGCAGCCAGAAACCCAGUUCAGGAGCUUUUUACUGAGUCGAUCAGUAUUGACGUUUCUGUUGCUGUAUAGGAAACAGCGAGAAUGAGCCGGUUUUUCCUCCCACCGUGCCGGGUCCUAUUUACUCCCUCAGAUAACCUGUAACACUUGUGUAUUUCGGGUGUAUUUUAGCGCACUGUGCAAUGUAAAGCAGCAUAGGAUGAACUUGUCUAAAAAGUCAUGGCCGCUUUCAGCUCUUCGUCUGUGUCCGAACCUUGUAAAUAAAUGUACGAUUCGACUUUGAGAAGCCAUAUUGUAGUUGGGCUGACAGCCUAGCUAGCGCUCGCUGCGUUUUAGGGCACUUUGUUUCGAUAUUUUAGAGUGAACGCAGAUGUUAAACCUGCUCACAGAGGUUGUAUCGACCAGUUAAUUUAUUACGUUCGUCGUUGUCUCACUGACCGACAACAAACUAGUUUCUGUGAACGUUUUUUUUGUUGCUGUUUCUUUCGGCUUUGCUGCGGCCCUGAAUGUUUGCCGCCGGCUCGCCGAUCGAUAGCUGUACAUACUGUCACUUCCUGUGAGGUUUGGUCGUAGUGAAACGCAAACAACCUGUUUGUAUUGUUUUGGAGGCUUAGAGGCAAAAAUAAAGACAUUUUCAAAACAAAACGCCAAUUUCUCAGUCGAUUUUAUUCAGAAAAACUCAGCAGCAUGUAUACUUUUUAGCUAAAUGCUGGUUUAAUUUCCAGAAGGAAAACGCUCAAAAACACAACUUCUGUUUUAAUUUACUGACUCAACUGAUGUGAGUAAAAUAAAGCUACUCUACAAAAAACAAUCAAUUCUCAACAAUAAACAGUAAGACUGUCUGAAUAUAUUAAUGUUCUAUAUUUUGGCAAUUGGAUUUUCCGUUCUGAAACGGGUACUGAAAAACAAAAAAACAAGAGGUUAUUUGAUUUUCGUUUUAAAAUACAAAAAUUAAAAUUGAAAUACAAGGCGUGUUUCCUUUUCAUGAUCAAAAAGGGAUAUACGAAAUUUUAAAAAUGCUUUGAUUUUCAUUUUAUAUUUAGAAUAACAAAAAAGUAAAAUCAGUAAGAGACAGAAACGAAGAAGGUCCGUUUUUUUAUUUUCUGAGACCGGAAGUGGUCAUCAGCAAGUGUGGAGCCAAACAGUAUGGUACAUAGACUGUAUAUAUAUAUAUUUUUCGUUAGUUUUCAUGGUCAAAAUGAGAGAUCAGGUGGUCGAUCUUAAAAUAAAUCAAUAUUGAUUUUUUUAUAGAGCGUUAAAGUUUUGUGAAGCCAGGGGGCGGGACUACUUGAUUGAAAGUCCGGUCCGGAAUGAUUGACAGGUCCUAUGGAGGAGGCAGCAGAGUCUCUGCUCUCCUCGUUUGGAUUAUUUCUGAUAUAAUAACUGUUGGUUGAUUUAUUGGUGGAGCAGCAGAACAUUUUCCACAGACAGUUUUCCUGCCUGUUGGCUUGUUUUAACCAGUUUUCUGCCUUCGGCUGAUUCUACCAGCAGACACUGAAAGGACUCUGAUUGGUCGGUAAGUUUAUGUUUAUUUUCUUAUCUGUGCCGCUUUUAAUGCACUUUAUAUGCAGCUUUAGUGUCAGAUAUAAUGUGUGCCAUGCACUCCAGAUGUUGGUGGAGUUUGUUUCAGUGUGUGUUGACCAGAGAAGAAAGGUAGCAUCCAGUAAAUAUUAGUUUUAAUGUUAGCGAUGCUAACCGAGCUAGCUGCUCAGUCGUCGUAGCCUGAUUAAAGCUAACGUAGCAUUAAGCUAACGUAGCAUUAAGCUAACGAUGUUUGUGUUGAGUUUCAUGUAAACAGCUGAGUGUGUUGUGUUAGUGUAAUGUGGUACAUUUAGUUAAUAAAACUCAGUGGAGACGCUGGUUCACAUUAAUGUAAGGUUUAGAAAACCUAAAUGUGAUUAAAACAUUAAAGUUAAGGUUCUGUGUUGUCAGUAGUCCUGAACAUCUGCUGAGUCUCUGAAGUUAAACUGGAGAAAGCAGUAAAUCUGUUCUCUAGUCGUUAACAUUGUUUAACCCUUUGAUACGCAGUGUGGGUCAGGAGAUACCCAUUUUCCAUUGGAUUUGGGUCACUUUUGACCCACGUUGUGCAUCAAAGGGUUAAUGACUGAUUAAAAUGUUGUAGUAAGUAUUCCUGCCGUGUAGAUUGGAAAAAUAAACUCCCAGAACAUGAUCAAAGUAAUGAUGAACACUACAGUUAUUACAUUUAAAUUGCAGCACAGAUAAGCUGGAUAAUAAAAUCCUCUCCUGUAAAGCUAAAGUGACUGCAGGCCUUUCUGUCUCCUCAUAAUAAUUUAUUUUAUUUUAUUUUUUUAUUAUUUUAAUUUAGUUAAUGCAAUUAAAUGUUCAUCAGUGAUUCAUCUUUAGUGUGAAACUUUUACUUUGUACCGAUUUUUUUUAAGAAUGUAGGUCAUUUUAAGGUAAGACAUUAAAGAAUGUUCUUCUUAGGUAAAUGAAUUAAUGUUUAGUUGACUGAAGUCUUUCAAUGUUGUGUUUCUUUCAAUUUGAAAUAUCUUGAUUUAAUUAAUACAGCUCAGUCAGUUACAUUUUAAGAAUUCUUAUUCAGUUCAACACUAGAUGACAUCAGUUCAUUGAGUAUUUCAGAGCCAGUUUUUUUCUUUUCAAUCAUAGGUAUUUAAAGUGAUAUUAUUAAAAUAUGCAAAGGAAGUGCAGCUACUUUAAUAUAAAAAAAAUAGUCUAUCAGUUCGAACAUGGUUAAAAUGCAGCUAAAGUUAAGUUAGCGAAACUACGGAUAAGCAGUGUUUCCUUUUACUUCCAGAAAAAUAAAAGCCUCAUAUUUGCUAUUUAUUAAAAAUCAGCAAAAGCAGCACUUUCACCAAGUUUGUUUUAGUUUGUUGGUAUUUAUCAGUAGAGCAGCAGCACAUUUUCCACAGACAGUUUUACCGUCCGUUGUCUGGUUUAGUUUUCAGUUCAGUAAUUCAGUUGCUCUAAAAAGUCAUAGAAACGCCGUUAGUCCACAAAACGUUGUUUUGUCACGGCUGUCUGAAGUAGGUGAGGAGCAACACAAAAACAGUCCAGAUGCUGGUUUCCAGAGGGUUAGACGUUUAUUUAUUUGAAAGAGUAAGUUUACAACAACACAACAUGUGAGGGGGUUAAAAGCAAAUGGGUGUUAGUAAAAUAAAAAUAAAUAAACAGAACUAAAAGUAAACUUCACGUUGACAUUGAUGGGCAUUCCAACCAGGAACAAAGUAAAAGAUAAUCAAUACGAAAAAAAAAACUCUUCCUGUUCACCUCUUAAAACCCAAAAACACACCACAGUAGCACCCUAAAUUAAAACUACCAAUGGGUUCCCUGUUUUCCUUUCUGAACAAUUCAAAGGUCCCUCUCUAUCUCCCUACACAUCCACCAACCACUGGAACACAUCUCCAAAGUUCUGCUGGACCAGCUCAGCUUCCCUUCAGAAGAAGUGCUGCCACCUGCCAGAUGAAGGAGCCUUUUGAGAGGCAGAUGACAUCGUGAUUGGACUGUACUUUGGUCUGUUCCAAUCCAGCUUCAGCUCCAGAGACGGCAGGCGGGACGAGUCAACGGAGGCCGGAUGGACGAAGGCAUGCAGCUGAGUACAAUCCAGAAAACAACAGAGGAGGAGUGCAGAAGCCCAGAGCCAGAACAACCAGAGUAGCAUUGUAUGUCUCUUAGAAAACAUCAUAGUAGAGCCUUUGGUAUGAAAAAACACCAUCAUAUACAUCAUAUAUUGUACAAAUAACAAGUCAAAGCAAAGAGACAUACAUUGUAGAAUUGUAGUAAUUGUGGGCUGACUGAUUUACUGAUUAUCAGUAUUUUAUUUUUUACUGAUUUACGGUAAUAAAUACAUUUAAAAAUGG